AUGAACGUUCUCAAGCUUCAGAGGAAGUAUCCUCAAUUCCCGCAAAACGAAAUCUUUGGUCUCAGCGACGCAUUCCGCAAGCUCGACAUUGACGAAAAGGGCUACGUUGACGAAGCCACUGCCAUCAAAGCUACUCAGCAGAGCGAGCGCCAACCCUACGAUGUCGUACGACAGGCUCUGAAGGAGGUCGACCUCGACUCCUCCCGCAGAGUCGAGCUCGAGGACUAUGUCGCCCUCAUUGCGAAGCUCCGCGAGUCCUCCCCAGCUCAGAAACGCAUGUCGACCGGUCCCGGUGGUGCUACCGGCGCAUCCAUCGUCGCGCAAGCAACUGGAGGCAUGGGCCACUCCUCAAAGUCGAGCAUCGGCAAGAUUCACGUCCAGGGCUCCAACGCCAACGUCACCCACACCAUCAACGAAGAUGAGCGGACCGAGUUCACUCGUCACAUCAACGCCGUCUUGGCCGGUGACACAGACAUUGGAAGCCGCCUUCCCUUUCCCACUGACACCUUUGAGAUGUUUGACGAGUGCAAGGAUGGUUUGGUGCUGGCCAAGCUCAUCAACGACAGUGUCGCCGACACCAUUGAUGAGCGUGUUCUGAACCGACCCAAGAACAAGAAGCAGCUCAACGCUUUCCAGAUGACGGAGAACAACAACAUCGUCAUUGAGUCUUCCAAGGGUAUCGGUCUGUCCGUCGUCAACAUUGGCAGCGGUGACAUCAUCGAGGGCAGAGAGCACUUGAUUCUCGGUCUGAUUUGGCAGAUCAUCCGCCGUGGUCUUUUGAGCAAGAUUGACAUUAAGCUGCACCCCGAGCUCUACCGCUUGUUGGAGGACGACGAGACCCUCGAGCAGUUCCUGAGACUCCCUCCCGAACAGAUCCUCCUCAGAUGGUUCAACUACCAUCUCAAGGCCGCUGGCUGGAACAGACGGGUGAACAACUUCUCUAGUGACAUCAAGGACGGCGAGAACUACACGGUACUCUUGGCACAGAUCGGCUCCGAAUAUGGCGCCACGAGAGCCCCUCUCCAAACACGAGACCUUCACCAGCGCGCCGAGGAGAUUCUGCAAACCGCCGACAACAUGGGAUGCCGCAAGUUCCUCACCCCGUCAUCUCUGGUCGCCGGUAACCCCAAGCUGAACCUGGCAUUCGUUGCCAACCUGUUCAACACCCACCCCGCGCUCGACCCCAUCACCGAGGAGGAGAAGCUCGAGGUUGAGGACUUUGACGCCGAAGGAGAGAGAGAGGCCCGUGUGUUUACUCUGUGGCUCAACAGUUUGGACGUGCAGCCUGCUGUGCAAUCCUUCUUUGAUGAUCUGCGCGACGGCACGGUGCUUCUGCAGGCGUACGACAAGGUUAUCAAGGGAUCCGUCAACUGGCGCCAUGUCAACAAGCCACCGGCUCACGGCGGAGAAAUGCUUAGGUUCAAGGCGGUCGAGAACACCAACUACGCAAUCGAGCUUGGCAAGCAGAACCGCUUCUCUCUUGUGGGCGUCCAGGGUGCAGACAUCACCGACGGUCAACGGACCUUGACUCUUGGCUUGGUAUGGCAGUUGAUGCGCAGAGAUAUCACUGUCACUCUUUCAACACUGGCGCAGCGUCUUGGCAAGAAGGAGAUCACGGACUCGGAGAUGGUCAAAUGGGCCAAUGAAAUGUCUCGCAAGGGCGGCAAGUCGUCUGCCAUCCGAUCCUUCAAGGACCCAUCCAUCGGCACCGGUGUAUUUUUGCUGGACGUGCUCAGCGGUAUGAAGAGCAGCUACGUCGACUACGACCUCGUCACCCCCGGUCACACGGACGACGACGCCUACCUCAACGCCAAGCUCAGCAUUUCCAUUGCGAGAAAGAUGGGCGCCACCAUUUGGUUGGUGCCGGAGGAUAUUUGCCAGAUUCGCAGCCGCCUGGUGACCACCUUUAUCGGUUCUCUCAUGGCUACGGCAGAGAAGCAGGGCUUGUGA